AUGCUAGUCUCCAAGGCCGACCCCAUCGUCAUCAUCGGCGCCGGCGUGUUCGGUCUCUCUACGGCCCUCCAACUGGCCACGGAGGGAUACACCGACAUCUCCGUCUUCGAGCGCGACGACCAGGUUCCUGGGCGGUUCUCCGCCGGAUACGACAUCAACAAGAUCGUGCGAGCCGAAUAUGAAGAUCCGUGGUACACGGAACUGACCCUUAAAGCCAUCACCGGCUGGAAAACCCCGCUGUACGCACCGCACUACCACCAAACAGGCUUCCUGCACUGCGUCUCCGGCACAGGCCCGCAACAAGCAACCCAGACCCUCGAACGCUUCCUCGCCACCAUCAAGAACCACCCCCUCUUCGCCCACAAACUCCUCCCGAUCACCAACCCCACCCAGAUCCCACGCGACGUCGCGUGGCAACUGAACGGGCCGCUGCCAGGGUGGAAGGGCUACUUCAACCCGCUAGCCGGCUACGCGCACUCGGCCAACGCGCUGCGCGCCGUCUACGAGGCCGCCGCAUCCAUCGGCGUGAAAUUCUUCCUCGGGCCCGAACGCGGCACGAUCACCACCCUCCUGCGCGGCGGGGUGGCCACAUCCCCCGGUAAGGUCACGGGCGUGCGCACGCAGUCCGGCCAAGUACACAGCUGCAAGCUGGCGAUCGUGGCCAUCGGCGCCGCGGCCGGCACCUUGCUGCCGGAAAUCGGGCAGCAGGUCGUCGCGAAAUCCUGGUCCAUCGGGCACGUGCGCCUCACGGACGACGAGACCAGCGCCCUCCGCGGCAUCCCCGUCACCUACGCCCGCGACCUGGGGUUCCUGUUCGAGCCCGACCCGGCCACCAACCUGCUGAAGAUCUGCCCCAUGGGCGGCGGGUACAUCAACACCGACCCGGCCACGGGCGUGUCGCUGCCGCCGAAGACCCUCCGCGAGAGUGAUAAUGUGCUUCCGCCGGAGGAUGAGGCGCGCAUGCGCAAGCUGCUGCAGCACGCGCUGCCGGCGUUGGCGGAGCGGCCGUUCGUGCAGAAGAAGCUGUGCUGGUUUGCGGAUACGGCGGACUCGGACUUCAUUGUGGAUUUCGUGCCCGGGUCCGCGGGGAGUGUGGCGCUUUGUUCCGGGGAUUCGGGUCAUCUGUUUAAGAUGUUGCCGAUUGUGGGGGAGUGGGUGGCGCAGUUGGUGAAGGAGGGGGAGCAAGGCGAGAAGCGGUGGCGGUGGAAGGGCGCUGUGGGCCAGGAUGAGAAGGAGAAGGGGAAGAAGUGGGCGGGCGGGGACGUGAGUUGGCGGUUGGGGGCGACGAGGGAGUUUGCGGAGAUCAAGCCGGUUCCUGGGGCGAGGCUGUAA